GAAGAUGGCUGCCACACCAGGAUUAAAUGUGGAGUGUUUCACCUUUUAAGUUCAUAAUUUAAGUUAAAUUCUACCCAUCUAAGAUUAAUAAGGUCAUUGGAUGCAAGAUAAAGUUCUCCUUUAGUAAUAAGCGGCCAAUGAAGUACAAUCAAACACAACAGGGAAGUAUCCACAAAAGUAUUCAGCUAAUCAACAAACAAUGCUCAAAAUAUCCAAAUCAGUUGCACUGCUCUCAGUAUCCACAGAGAAAUGUGUGGUGUAUCAGAGGUACCCUGGAGAAAACGACCAUGCGAUGACAUGAUCAACUGAAAAACAAUACCUGUCCCACAUACAGCAAUGUUUUGAGUGAUAAAAAAGCCCACAAAAGGCCCUGCCCAGACCAUUGAGAGAAGGUGGGGCUUUACUUGCCUUUAUAGUCAAGACCAUUGAAGGUGAGAUGAACGCUAACGCAUCUUGCUGAAAGACUACAAUCAACAGACAUCAACAGGAAUGAGGGCCCUUGUGAUGUUGAGCAUCCUGGGUUGUGCGCUGGCACAGGACAGGACGUUUUUAUGGAAUGGUCAGGGAGAACCUAGUCAGAAUGAUACCAACGAGAACGUGUGUCUGACGGAUGAGGCGUCCUGUGGCUGCUGUCUGAUGCAGCAGCUGAUGUGGAGGAUGGAGACGUUCUUCAACAUGAGUCUAAAUGAGCUGCAGAGGGGCCUGGAGAGAGCUCAAGGCGUUUUAAACAAUAUUCGUGCCAGCCGCAGCGCCUUCUCCGUGGCUCUCACCGACGAACGCCUCUGCGUGGGACCGUAUCGCGAAGAAGCCAUAGUGAAGUAUGGGAGUGUAUUCAUUAACGUGGGAGACGGCUACAGCACCAGUACUGGCACCUUUGUCGCUCCACGUUCCGGUGUCUACAACCUGGCACUCACCGUGUACAGUGAUGCUGGUGCCCCGGGAGCCAGACUCGCCGCCUGUGCACGACUCCGGCUGAAUGGACGCACGCUGGCAGCACUGAGUGAAAACAACCAUCAAGAUCAGGAGGACAGUGUUAGCGCUGUGAUAGCAGUGCAGCUGAGUGCAGGGGACGCAGUGGACGUUGCUCUGCCAGCCGGUUGCUUCUUGUGUGAUGACAACAACCAUUACAAUACUUUCACUGGCUUCCUGCUCUAUGCAACUGAUUAAAAGAGAACAACCAAUGUUGUUUUUAAAAGCGCAUAGUAUUCAGUAUGUAAUGUGUUGCAUUGAAAAGUACACAAUGCAGCCCUUAGGAGCUAGUGCAACAAUAAAAACUUAAAGGUGUAGUUUGCUAUUUCUUGUGACAUGACUUGCGGGUUUGCACAGUAUACUGUGAUUGUAAGUUUCAUUUGAGAUUCUGUUUCUUUCCACACCACUCUGCAUUGGACAAACUAACACGAGACCUUUUUGAAAGCUACAACCAUUAUUUCUAUUGCAAGGAACUUCCAAAGUACUAUUUUAAUUAUUUAAUAAACAUUUUGAUUCUGU